AUGUCUCAGAAGAAGCACACUCCGCCAGAUAUUCCUCCUAUGAAGGAUCUGACGAUUGAGAACAUAACCGACAAUGUGCAUAGCAUCAAUUCCAAAUGCAGCGACGACAGACUUAAAUUCUUGUUAGAAAGGCUUGUGAACCACCUUCACGACUUUGCAAGAGAGACCCGCCUCAGUAUAGCAGAAUGGGAAACAGCUAUCAAAUUCCUUGUUGAUGUGGGGGACAUCAGCAGCGAUGUCCGCCAUGAGUUUGUCCUCCUCUCGGAUGUCCUUGGCCUUUCGCUUCUCGUGGAUGCCAUUGACCACCCAAAGCUUAAGAAUUCGACCGAGGGCACUGUCUUGGGCCCCUUUCAUACAACCGAUGCACACACUGUUUCCAACGGUCAUCAGAUCUCUAAUGACCCUGAUGGAGAGCCGCUCUUGGCAAUAUGCACCAUCAAGGACACCAACGGAGAUCCCAUCCCUGAUGUAGCUGUGGAUGUGUGGGAGACUGAUUCAAAGGGCUUUUAUGAUGUCCAGUACGCAGGUCGAACAACACCUGAUGGUCGCGCCAUUGUAAGAAGUGAUAAGGACGGCAUCAUCUACUUCAAUGCAAUUGUUCCUGUCCCAUACCCUAUUCCCAACGAUGGUCCGGUAGGGAAGCUCUUGGAACGUCUGAAUCGCCACUGCUACCGCCCAAGCCAUAUGCAUUUCAUGUUCAAAAAGGAGGGCUAUGACCGAUUGAUCACUGCUCUAUACCUACGUGGGGAUCCAUACGAAACGUCUGAUGCUGUGUUUGGCGUGAAGGAGUCGUUGAUCAUUGACCUAGGAAAAGUGGGUGAUGUAGACGGUUUAGCAGAGAAGUAUGGGGUGUCUCCAGAGACAAGACUGCUACGCUACGACUUUGUUCUCAUAACAGAACAAGAGUCGCAGGGUGCCAGAGAUGAGUAUGCUUGGAAGGAGGCGAGACGCCAGAAUUGUAAUCUCAAGGUCGUGAAUGGAGUGCUUAUACCGGAAUAG